ACAGUAUCUAUCCAAAAAUAAUUAUAAAUACCAUCAACUCACACAAUAAAGUUGUCCUAGAGUGGCAAAGAAACAAACUCUUUGCGCACAAAUUCUGAAAAUUAUAGUCAAAAACAUUAAAAAAAUAAAAAUAAAAUAAAUAUUAGAGAGCAGAGAAAUCAUGGAGACAGUAGUGAAGAAGGAAAAUGGUGGCAGUGACAACAGCCUUAACGAUUGGCUUCCGGUUACGUCGAAGCGUGAGGCAAAAUGGUGGUACGCUGCAAUUCACAAUGUGACUGGUAUGGUUGGUGCUGGCAUUCUCGGUUUACCAUACGCUAUGUCUCAACUUGGAUGGGGUCCGGGUGUAACAAUAUUAUUAUUGUCAUGGCUUAUAACACUAUACACCUUAUGGCAAAUGAUUGAAAUGCAUGAGAUCGUGCCCGGUAAAAGGUUUGAUCGAUAUCACGAGUUAGGACAGUACACAUUUGGGGAAAAACUCGGGUUAUGGCUCAUUGUUCCCCAACAAUUUAUGGUUCAAGCUGGAUGUGACAUCGUUUAUAUGGUUACUGGAGGGAGUUCAUUGAUGAAGAUAUAUAACAUCGUUUGGCCAAACGGAAGGCCAAUCAAACUUACGUAUUUUAUCAUGAUGUACGCGUCUGUUCAAUUCUUCCUAUCCAACUUACCAAACUUUAACUCCAUUGUUGGCAUCUCUUUAACUGCAGCUAUUAUGUCUCUUAGUUAUUCAGCAAUGGCAUGGAUAGCUUCGGCUAUAAAAGGAACACAAUCUGACACGAAUUAUGGGAGUAGGUAUCCCACUAGUGCCGGACAUAUAUUUGGUUUUUUGAGUGGAUUAGGGACGGUGGCAUUUACUUUUUCUGGGCACAACAUAGUGUUGGAGAUUCAAGCAACAAUUCCUUCAACUCCGGAUAAACCUUCUAAAAUAGCCAUGUGGAAAGGAUCCCUACUCGCUUAUAUAAUUAUAGGGUUGUGUGAUUUUCCUGUGGCAUUUGUUGGUUAUCUAGUGUUUGGAAGAUUUGUUGAUGAUAAUUUGAUGAUCUCCCUUGAGAAGCCUAUUUGGCUUAUCGCCAUUGCCAAUAUAUUUGUUGUCAUACAUGUUAUUGGGAGCUAUCAAGUUUUCGCAAUGCCAGUUUUUGACAUGCUCGAAUCAUUUUUGGUGUUGAAAUUGAAAUACCAACCUAGUAGAAUGCUUCGCCUUGUGACUCGUUCUACCUAUGUCGGAAUUACUAUGUUCAUAGUUAUAGCAUUUCCCUUUUUUGGCUCUCUUCUAAGUGUGUUGGGAGGAAUUGCUUUUGCACCAACUUCAUUUUACCUUCCUUGCAUAAUAUGGUUAAUAAUAUGCAAACCAAAAAAAUACAGCGCCUCAUGGCUCUUAAAUUGGGCAUUCAUCAUUGUUGGUGUGUCGUUGACGAUUUUAGCUCCUAUAGGGGCUAUAAGAGAUAUAGUCGUUCAAAGUGGUAGCUACAAAUUCUUCUCCUGAUCAAUCAACCGUUAUUAUGAGGAGUGAUUGGGGUGAUGAUAGGAUGAUUAUAGGUUUCAAUCCUAUCAUUUUUUUAAGCGGAUCACCUAUGAUUGCUAUUAUGACCUAUAUUAUUAUGAACUUUUGUUUAGAUUAUUGAGACUCUUUUGCACAGACAAACCUUAUAUAUGUUUAAUUAAACCAUGAAUUAUGAUGGGUGU